CAUUACCCCUUCUAUCCUGCCAUCACCACCUGCACUCCACUCUCUCAUCUACCCUCUCAACUGAACCAUUCUUUUCUUUCCUCCAAAAAGCAAAAAAUGGCUAUCAGAAAAUCUAACAAACUAUCUCAAACAGCAGUGCUCAAGCAAAUUCUUAAGAGAUGUUCAAGUUUAGGCAAGAAACAUGGAUAUGAUGAUGAUGGUCUUCCUCUUGAUGUACCAAAAGGCCAUUUUGCAGUUUAUGUUGGUGAAAAUAGAAGUAGAUACAUAGUUCCUAUAUCUUUGUUAACUCAUCCUGAGUUCCAAUACCUACUUAGACAAGCUGAAGAAGAGUUUGGCUUUGAUCAUGAAAUGGGGCUUACUAUUCCUUGUGAAGAAGUUGUUUUUCGCUCUCUAACAUCUUCACUAAGAUAAACAAGAAUUGGAGACAUUAAAGGAUUGUGUGAUGAUGUUGCUUGCAUGGAGAAAGAUGGCUAUAAGAUGAAGCCAAAAUAGCUACUCUAAAAUAGUUAGCUACUUUUUGGCCAGUCUUUUUUUCACCGUCUUCUUCACUGUGAUUCUUGAUCUUGGUUUUUUUUUUUAAUUUUUUAAUUUUUAUGUAUUGUAUCUUUUAAACCCUUGAUCUUGGGUUUUUUAAGUCUAAUUACUAACGUAGAACCCAGAAAAAAAAGUGUUAAUGGGUUAGCUAGAUUUGUAUAAAGUUUGGUUUUCCUCACAGAUUGAGUUGUUAACACCACUGUGAGAGAAGUUUUUAAGCAACGCAGAAGUGUUAUUUGCCCUCAUUAAUCUUACUUACUUCUUUCUCUCUC